UUGUAACCACCCAUGGCUUUCCCUGGUUUCCUUUUGUUAAUUAUGUAUUACUUUUUGUAUUUAAAAGUCUUUUAAUAUCACAUGAAUAUAAUAGAGGAAGCAGGAUGGUGUUCACGUCUUAUUUUCAGAAGUAUGCGUUUCACAAUGACCCCAACUCGCACAGUUCAUCUGUGUAUUUUACACGUCUUCGCGCCAAAGCAGGCUAGGUUUGUGGGCGGGGAAAUAUGGUCUACCAAAAAUACGUCAUCCCUCGGCAGCUGAUUGGCUGCGGUACGUAGAGAGUCUCUGGGAUACCAUGGCCUAAGUGCGCCAGGCUUGCCUGGGGCCCCUGGAUGAAUGCGGGUUCCCGGGAAACUAUUGAAUGGUCACACCGGAGGUGUCUUCAAGUUCGGACGGAACGUGACUGGCGAAGAUUUGGAUGAAAAAGAUUCUCCUGCUAAAAGUGAAGCCAGUUCUGUUGAUAUAUAUGAUGGACUGGAUAUUUCAAGUAUACCAGCAGAGCCUUCUAUACUCUCCACUCCAACACGGGAUUGUUUGGAUCUGUAUGAGGAAAUCCUGACAGAAGAAGUAACCGCUAAAGAGGCCUCAUUCAAUGAUUUGCAUGCUGAAUAUGAAAAGUGUCAGAAACAAAUGAAAGAACUCAUUAACAGAGUCAAAGAAAUGCAAACCCAGAACACAACCUUGCAAAAUGAAAAUCAGUGUCUGAAAAAGAAUAUUUCUGCACUCAUCAAGACUGCAAGAGUAGAAAUUAAUCGCAAAGAGGAUGAGAUCAACAGACUAAAUCAGAGGUUUUCUUCUGUGAACCCUCGCAUCAAUAAACACAUUCCUGUGCCAUUAUCAGAACCCAAUAAAACCAGUUAUAAGACGUGCCAGAUAGAAAGCAGAUCAAGAGAAAUACAGCCAAAGAAUACAGACAGUAGUGGGAAACCUGAUUUGCAAAACCAGACAAUUAACUCUAGAAGAAAUGAUUCAACCCGCUUGAAUUAUUUGCCUACAGAAAAGGACAUAAAUGCUGUUGACAAGAACUUUUCCAGCAGUUCAAACCCCUGUGCUAAGCUUUCCAAAGGUUUAGAGACAGAGUUACUAAAAGAAAAUACAGAAGGAUAUUCAAACCAAGAUGCAGCAAAAGGAAGAAAGGAAAGAUAUGGUGAAGAUCAGUCUAAAGACCGUGAGCGAAGGCAGAUGAAGGAGCAGUGUAGAAGUAGUAGCAGCAGUUUAGUAUGUGAAAAAAAAACUGUUGAACUGAAAGAGACUGGACCUAGUUCAGACAGUGGAAAAAGUGAGAGCAGGCAAGAAACCCAGGCUACAAAGUUUGAUUCACUUAAUGAAAAAAAUAAUAGAAAAUUCCUUACAUCAACCUCUCACGAUAAAGCGCGGACUAUGAGAGACAAGGCACCGUCAAAGGAAGAUUCUCGUACAAAAGAGAAGCUUCGGAAGCCUUCUGAAUCCUACAGCCGAAGGGACUCUAAGGAUUCUGAAAAAGGUAAAGACUCUGAUUAUAGGAACAGAAAAACUGAAAAAGAUGAUCCACCAAGGCGAUCACAGAGAACAUCAAACCUAAAGGAUGAAAGUUCUUCUAAAAGCAAGGCUGAACUCGAUCGCAGGAGGAGCAGUGAUACAAGUCGAAGAGAGAAGCAUUCUUCUGACUACAGCAAAGUUUCAAAAUCUGGGCACAGAGAUUGCAAUUUAAUUGGCAGCAGUAAAAAUGAACAUAAGAUGUCAUCAAAGAAAGAAGACAAGCACAUACUAGACCACAAAAAUAUGAAAUCUGGUAGGGAUAAAGAUGAAAGAAAAGGGAGCAGAGAAAAAGAAGAUAAAGAUGAAAGAAAAGGGAGCAGAGAAAAAGAGGGAAGUUAUCGUGAUCGAAAAGAACAUAAAGUACUUACAGGCGAAGGAAAGCAGAAAGAGGUAUCUUCAGAUAUGCACAGUAGUAAAGUAAAAAGUUCCUGUAAAAGUGAUGAUCAAUGCAAACUUUUGAAUGCUGAAAAACUGGAACUAGAUCAAAAGAAAACCAACACUGUGAAGGAUCUCAAGCUCUCCUAUAUGGAAACCCUUCAUUUGACCCUCUCUCCUGCUAAAAAGAAGUCCCUCUCUGAAUCUGAUACAAGCAAACUGCCCUUGGUACUGUGUGAUGAAAAACAUGGCAUCGGUGAAAUAACCAAUCCCAAGCCAGUACUACAAUUAUAUGAGUCUUCUGCAAGUAUAAAUGAAGUAAAAUCUGCGUCCUCUCAGAAAAGCAAACCAGAAUCAAUUAUUCUAACAGAAAAUCCACCAAAACAAGUGACAACGUCAAACAUAAAUUUAGAAGAGGAUAAGAAAUGCCAAUCUAAGCAAGUUGUAGAUGCCAUUAAGUGUACUCCACAAAACCAACCAGGAAUUCCAAUUGACGAAUCGAAUCCAGCACCCUCCAAUACAACGCUUUCAGUGGCUGAUCCUGAAAAGGUGGUUGUAAACAAUGAGUUGCAUGCACUUCAUUCGGAUGAGAUGGAAACAAGUAUUGCUGAUGGCUCACAGAUUAUAGACCUGGAUUCUUACAUAGAGCUUGACAAAUGUAGUGGCAGUGAGAGUCCUCAUUCAGAAAAGGAAGAUGAAGAUAAUGUUGCACAAACAGUAUUUUGCCAGGAAAACCUGAGUCCAUCAAAACAGUUGAAUAAAGCAUUUGAACACAAUACCAACAUUUUGAAAAAUGUAACUGAACCAGCAAAAGGUAUAUGUGAAUCAACAAAUCUUGUAGAAAUAAGCACUAAGGAAAUUGAAUCUAAGCAGUGUCUCCAUGAUGAUGACGACUCUGUAAUGAAUAUUGACUUACAUUUUAUAAGACGUGUUCCCAAAAUCAUCAGUCCGCUUAAAAGUCCAAUGAAGCCAAUAGUGAAACUGCAUAGAAUUGAUUAUACAGCCAAGGCUUCUGUAGUGAGACUGUUAAAUAAAGAAUUCUGUUAUGCUAAUGGAACCUCCAGUGUUCAUUUGUCAAAAGAACUAAACAAGGAGAAUUUUCAGCCAGCUGUAAAGAAUGACGCAAGCUCUGCAAAGUGUUCACCCAUUAUUAUUUCUUCAGAUGACAUGGAAGAAGGUGAGAUUGUAAGUGAUGUGGAGGAAGUUACAUGUGUGCAAGCACCCAACACCACUUCUAGCCCAAAGCAGACUGCAGUAGUCCAAACAAAUAUAAAUGAAGAUUCAGUAAGUUUCCAAAGAGAUGACACAUCCAUGGGAAAACCGAAUAGAGUAAUUUCCUCCCGAAAACAAAAUGCAACUAAAUCAAAGGUAAAAUCUAAAUCUGAUUUAAAAACACAUUUACUUAAACAGCCCAAUAAGAAAAGAAGAAUAAUAAAUCCUGACAACUGCCUUGAAGAAAUUUUGCAAGCCGACAAGCCAUCUUCUAUACAAGAUGUUUUACAGAUGCUACGUGCAAUUCGAAAGCAUAUUCGAAAAAAAUAUAUGAAGUUUAAAAUGCAGUUUACAGUGCGCCAGUACCAUAAGGUAAUAGAAGUUGGAACAUCUUACUUUAUAACACUGGUAAAAAAAGUAAAUUGGACUGCAUUGUGUUCAUUGCCGAGCACUUUACAAAAAAAAUUAUGUAAAUAUAUAGAUAAUAAAAUGAAAAAGCUGAAAAAGAAUGGGAUUGUGGAUCGAAUUUUUGAACAACAUCUAUUAGAUAUGAAGAAAAAGCUCUGGAAUUUUGUGGAUGACCAACUGGAUUGUUUGUUCGAUACACUCAAAAUAAUGCUUACAAAAUUGUGUGACAAAGCUGAGUUAGAAUGUACUAGUGAUAAGAACCACUUAUGUGUCCAGAAUAACAUUUCCUCAUCAUCUGCUCGGCUCAAAGGUUCAAAAAUAAAUAAUAAAAUUGAGCAGGAAAACCAUAAAACCACAUCAUUUUCUGAAAUUCAAUGCAAAGCACAAGUUCCCAAAGUUAAAGACCAGAACAAUAAACCUGUGAGCAAUAGUGUUAAUAAAGACAGUCUUUCAAGAGAACCAGUAAAAGGACCUGUUGUAGUUGAAUCAGACUCAAAAAGUAACAUUUUGAUAGAAAAAAAUUUAAAACCAGCAUUAUCGGGGACUUCUGAAAUACGGAAACUCGAACCUGACCGUUCAGGCUUAUCUUUUAAUUUGGUCAGUGAUGAUCAUAUGGGUGAUAUCUUUAAAAAUUUGUUAAAUGAUCUAGAAGCUUUGGAGCAAACAAAGACUUCAGACGAAAAAUCAUGGGUGUUUAGAACACCGGAGAAACCAAGCAUUUCUAGCCAGAAAAAUUUCUCUAAUGAAAAUACACCAAUAAAAACUUGUUUGCAACUGCCUUCGUCCUUAUCCUGGCCUCCACAUUCUCCUAUGCAAUCUAGUUCAUUUUCAACCCUUGAUAUGGUUGUUAACCCAGAUGUCUUAGAUGAGAGCUGUAUGCUAGAGAUUCCUCUAACCUCCUCCUCUGGCAAGAGCAUUCCAGGAUCAGAUGAAAGAUUAAAAUCCUAUUCAUCAAUACUUAUGGAGGAUCUUGCAGUAUCAUUAACUGUGCCAUCACCACUGAAAUCAGAUUCUCAUCUUAGCUUCCUCAGACUGGGGACUGCACCUGAAUACGUCUCUGAAGAGGUUAUUAACACCAAUUAUAGUGAAGGUGCUCUGCUAGAAGAAGAUGAUGUUGCAGAACAAGACAUACAUUUAACACUGGAUUCUGAUAACUCAAAUAGUUCUUUGGAAAAUACUAAUGACAUAUCUAGUUUCCAGUGCCUUCCAAGUGAACCCAUGCAAGCUGUUAUCAUGGAGAAGUCAAAUGAUCACUUCAUUGUAAAGAUAAGACGGGCAUCCUCAACCUUCUCUCCCAAUUCUGAACAACCUUCAACUGAACAUUUUCCACCUGUACCAGAAUCAACAACAGAUGUUAAAGACCUUGCUGAUCACUUAAAAAAUAUAAAUUUUGAAGAGCAUGAAUCUCAUGGUGGGAAUAGCCCUCCUAAAUCUGAACAUAAAGUAUUCCAGGUCAGAAAAUCUGAUGCAACCCAUAAGACUGUCGAUGGAGAAAUUUUAGAGACAAGUCUUGUCAAUGUUAGUAAUAAAGCAGUAGACUUCAAACAGUUGCCGGAUAAAGAUGUGGACAAACAAACUGUUUCAUUGUUUAAACCACCUGAACCCCUUAGUCCUAGUAAAGACUCUACUUUAGUUUCAACAUCUCAAGCAAACCUGCACCAAAUUUUUCAGUCAGUGACAGACAGAAAGGAUUGCAAUAAAAGUGAUCUGUUCUCUGAGCAGGUAACCAAAGACUCUAUAAUAUGCAACAGUGGAUCUCCUGAAAGCAUUGCACAAGUCAACUGGAAUGAUAAAGCUCACCGCACCAAACGAAAAAAGGAAUCGAAAGAGGAACCAUUGGCAAAAAGGAGACAAGUGCAAAGUUUCAAUCAGGAAAGUAACGAAAAAAAAGCAAAGGAAUAUGGGAAAGAACAAAGCAAUAUUUUGUCAAAGGGAAAGUCUCAAAGAAAGCACAAAAGAUCUGCCAGCGAUUGCACUGAUCAGUUAAGCUCAUCACCAAAGGACUCCUCCAAAAGCAUGUCUGCAAAGAAUGUAAUAAAAAAGAAAGGAGAAAUUGUUACAACUUGGUCCAGGGAUGACGACAGGUUAAUUCUCCUUCACUGUCAGCAGCUUGGAGCAGAUCAGAAAACAUUUAUUUCCUUAUCUUCAAAAAUGAAUAAGCCCCCUCAUGAGAUCGCGGAAAGGUUCCGGCAGUUGAUGAAACUAUUCAAGAAAUGCAGAUACUCUGCCACGUGACUGUGCACAUUACAGUUGAAGAUCUGCUGUGUGGACCAAGAACAGGACAAGUGUGAUAAGAAAUGUAGAUCAACAUUCAUCAGUGUCAAAACGCCAAUCCUUGUGUAGGCACUAGAUAUUUUUAUACUUGGUACAGACUGUAUGAAGUGAGACAUGAAGGAUUUGAACUGAAUACCUUCCAGAUUUAUAAUCUGUGAUCACAAAAUUUUUAUUUAUUUAACGCUGCCAGCCAUUUUUCUAGUAAAGGAUGCUAACAUUUGA